UAAAUAAAAAGCCUUAACUACUAUCAUACAGAAAGUCAUCAGACUGCGAAAUAAAGACUUAACAGAAUAUUUCACAUCAAGACAUCGCUGGGGUUGAUGUUCAAAGGAGGCACAGUUUCCGAUGUGCUACCGAUGUGCAGGACAACACAGAAAAGGGGACCUGUGUAGCAUCCCAUAAAUACUCAGAAAUAUCGCCGAAACUACACCGUCCAUAGCUGAAGAAGGAGUGGUUACGUCCCUGAUCUUUGUCUGAAAUCCGGAUCCCAAGCAAGGCUCGUGGACGCAGGCAACAGCCAUGUCUGUCGACAACAAUACUCUCGAUGAUCCUGAGGAUCCGCAACUGAGAGAUCAAGCGGCAGAAGGUUUGCUCUGGUUUCCACCAGAAACAAUGCGAAUCUCUACGGUCGUAGUGCUGUGGCUCCUGGUCGUUGCAGGCUUGACGAUGAACAUGUUUCUGCUGUUCUACUAUUUUCGCGGCAGGGGCCCAAUACCAUCGUUUCCGCAUGUGCGGGUCGCAGUCAGCCUGUGCGUCAACAACCUUCUGUUGGUGACGGCCGCGCUGCUCGCAGCCUUGGUCCUCUCCUUCGGUCACGGGGAGAUUAGCAGCAUCGUGGGUGGCACACAGGCCUUCCUGGCCAUUCACGUGGUUGUGCAGUCGUGGAUGGCUCAGGUGAUGUCCGUUUUCGUUUCCACCUCCACGGCUCAGAGGCCGCAGUCGGAAAAAAUGAGCGGCAGGGACAUCAACAUUCCAAAAAUAUGGAAGGAGCAGACAGGAAACUACUCUGACGAGUCAUCGUCAUGGCGUGAAGGGGUGACCUGGAAGUCAAGACCGUCCCGAGAAAAUGUCGAGGCGUACGGCAGAGGACCGAGUCACACCAAGGUAUCAGUCAACGUCAGCCAAAGAAACCAAGAGCUAGGACCGCGGACACUAAAGUGGUGGCUGCUGUGGGCGUGGGUCUUGUCUAUUCUGUCGGGCAUCUCCCUGCUGUUGUGCUCGGCUCGGGAUGAGAACAAGCUACACCGCACCUUCAACCCGUUCAGAAGAGCAUACUUAGUGCCAUCCGGCAAAAGUAACACAGAUUAUCUGGAUGAUGGCGACGUUUUCUUUGCGCAGCGCAUACCACUGCUGCUUGUGAUUCUGCCUGUUUACUUGGCCGGGACCAUCGUUUUCGUUAGGUCCACCGUGCGCCUCAGGAUGGUCCGCAGACUACAGUAUCACCGACAGCGACUGGGUUUAGAUCCCAGGGCCCUAGAUCACAUGUGUGUGCUACCUGGCAGGAUCACGCCCCCGGAUCUCAGGACACGAGAAACCCAUUUAACUGAAGUACCUCUUUUACCAGUUUCUCAAUCUAAGUCGUGCUCAAUCUGCUCGGACGUAGACAGCUUAGAAGAAGACGGUGAUUGGGCCAAGGAAUCCAGAGGAAGAGAAAGUGCACUUGACGCUGAGGACGAAGUCGCCCUCAGCUGGGCUCGAGAGCACAAACGUGACGUUUGCGACGCAGCCAAAGACGUGACGCAAGCGACUGGAUUUAGUUCUCGCUCUCCGUCCGGCCACUGUUGUCUGGAGACCAGUGGUGAAGAUAAUAUCAUGGAAGUAAGCAAGAAAGAAAAUGGCCUGGUGGUAGAAGGUGCCAAAAUCUGUAAGGAUGAUAACCAGAACAAAAGCCUAGAAGACAUCGACAAGAAGAUUAAUCAAAUAGAGAAAAUCUUCAGUGAUGUACUGAACAUGUCUUCUAACGAAAUGAAUGAUAAUCGCGGGCCAUCGGCAUGGGACAAGGUCGAGUUUGCGUUUGCGGAUGAUGACGACAGCGAUCAAUGCACAUCACCCACGGGUGAUUACGCGGAAGAUCAUCAGCACAGGCAUGAGGUGCGGGAGGAGGACAGUAAAGGAGCCUUAGAUCUUCGGGAGCGUUGCAGUGGAACGGACUCUGAAUCUGUCAUAAUAUUUUCAGAAGACCACUUCUCGAAAGGUCCAUGUGAACACGUCACCCAAGAGGCAGUCGACAUCGCUCACGACGAUCUCAGCCUAAACGUCAACCGAAAUGCCGACGACGAUCGAGACGAACACACCCAGUCAGGGGACCACAACAGAACGUAUGAACACAAACAGGUUCAGAGGUCAAAGAGCUGUAAAGACGCUGUCUCCCACCAGCACUGUAUAAAGUCAGACGACAGUUCAGACGACUUCUCUGAAAAAGCUGACCAGCAAGCCAAAGAAGUUUUAAGCUCUUCUUCUUGCACGACAGGCCAACAAUGCAAAGACACUCUUGACGGCCAGUGGUUGAAGAACAGUCUUGAUGGUUCUUCCGAUACGUCCGCUCACAAGUCUAAUAGUUGCCAGGAAUCUCCUUCCAACAUAGCCGGUCAGAUGUCGGACAGCUGUCCAGACGUUUUCUGCGACGAUCCAACUCGGGAGAAAAGACGCUGCGAAGAUGCUGCUUUCACUGCACGACCACAAAAGAUAACAAACGACCGACCUAGAAGGCGUCUGGGCACAACAAGGAGAGGGUCGAAACAUUUAUUUGCGUACGAUGAAGAAUUUCUUGAUAGGAGUCCCCUAAAAACCUUAAACAAGAAGGAUGUUACUUCGAUCGACACAGAAAAUGACGAAAACUUCUACUAUUCCAGGAAUGAAACUGGUUCCUAUAAGGUGAACACGGGUGGCUUUCACGUUUUUCAAGACGGACUGUUUUCGAAAAUCCGAAAAGACAACCCAGAACAGAUUGAGAACCAGAAGCCAAAGAUGCCGACAAAUAGUUUUGCUCCAAAGCUGACAAAACUGUCGUUCUCAGGUUUGACACGCUCCCGCAGUGAACAGAAGUUCAAGAAAGGAGUUGGCAGGAGCACCAGCGUCGGGCUGCUGGCCGAUCCCAGUGUUAGGGCCCAGGCGAUGGCCUUGCUGAAGCUGACUCACCCGACAGCCGUCGAAGGUUUCGACGACAACGUCAACGCCAGCAACAAGCGGCUGUCGCAAAGGAGGCCGGGCUUGCGGAUGGAAAACGAAAGGACCUCAGACACGGUGGAACCUACCUCGUUUCUGGACGAGGAUGUCAGCGCUGAUGACCUUGACACAUAUUCACUUUCCUCAGGCGGCGACUUAGGUAUUAUCGACGACAAGUUAUCUAGGGGGCAAUCCACAUGUGCACCCAGACAUAUGUACCCGAGAGCUCCACAGGACAGGAGCACCUCGGCGCUACAGCACCGGAAUAUUGACAGUGGACACAUACCAGGGUCAAACACCCCGGUUACAGACACCUCCUCGGGUAGAUCCAGAGAAAGCACAAGGACGGGAAACGCGAUGACUAUUGUAUCCAGUAGCAUGCAUCACUUCACAGUUCAGGGUCACCCGACAGCUCCAUCCGAAAUGCUGCCGGUCGGCUGGUUGCCCCAAAGACAUUCGCAGAAUCACCAGAUUUGGCAGCAAAACCACCAGCAACAGCAGCAAAAGCAACAUCACCGACAUCGACCACCACUUUCCGUCUUCAGGUCCCGUAAUUGGUUGCGGACUAACAAACGUCGGGGCUAUGAGUCAGCACAGAGGUUACUGUUUCCAGAUGCAUCCAGAACUAGAGAAGAGAUGCUGGAACUGCAAGGAGCCGCGAUGCAGGAAGAUCUAAGGGACGAGAUCAGCGCCAGGUCACGACGCGGAUCUGGCGCAGAAGGCAGCGCCGUCUGGAACUACGUUGGAGCAGCAGCUGCCGCAGGUGAAGGUGGCGACGACGCAGAUGGGGAAGUGCUGCCGCCGCCCUUUCCAGACGACCUGGACCUCUCUGACUCGGACUUGGCCGAGUCGUGUGCGUUCUACCCACUCAGCCAUCGUUCCUCGUCGUCGUCUACCCGCUUUGGGCCCCAACGCAAGGGUCUGCAAACCUCGUUGCCACGGACGAUGCGCAAGGGGUCGGUCUCAACAGGUUAUGCGCAUGCGCGAGUGGAUGAGCUCCUGCCCUUUUCUCCGGCGUCCCACCCCUUCCAGAGGGCUACAUUUUCGUCCCGGCAUGCACUGGCAGACGUAGCAGCGAUAAUAAGAAGAGGUGGAAGGAGCAGUCACCGCUUGCAAGGAAAUCCGCAGGUCCGCAGGAGGUCAAAGAAUUCAGCCAGGACCUCACCGGCGCCAACGACAGCGAUAUGGACACCGACAGCAGCAUGACGGACUCACCGCGGAGGGGAAAAGUGAUGACAGCCUUCUUCAAAAAUCGCGACGGCGUUUGGACAAAGAAACUGGGACGCGGUGAUGACGGCGGCUGCUUGUACACCAGAAGCAACAGCGCAGCGGGCGACAAUAGAGGAGAUGGUUCGGAGGUCGUGUUCUCGGGAGUGGUCCUCCAUGUGGUCAUCUGCAUGCCCUACGUCCUGUCGCUGCUGCCUGGUCUGCUGGAUGUAGCUAAACCCCAGGAUCGCUUGUUUGCCUUGGCUAUCGUGCAGAUGCUGCUGUUCUUUCACGUCGUGGUUUUUCCGUUGUGGCUGUUGGGGCGACAAGGGUUAGUCUGGCGCUGCAUGUGACACCCUACCAUAUCCCCCAACCGUAACAGCUUCGUACUGCCGGUGGCCGUGUAAGCAACAUUUAUCUUUUUAACCUGUUUGCUGAUUGCGUCCGGCGUGGAAUCCCACGACCGUGUACUUUAUGGUGACGAUUUAUGUAAUUUGCUCGAAUAGAAAAACUAAUCCAGCUGCGGAGGCCGAUUUUUAAAGGGUUAAACAAACCGAUGCUCAUUUCAAAUUAUUUCAUUUUGGAUUUUGUUUUCGGAAAAUCAGCAACUCAACAUUCUUCAGUGCAUGUCACACAGCCUAUCCUUCAUUCUAUGUGUGAUGUCCUGAUACACGCGAUAACGCCAUACAACGAUUCUCGUUCCUCAUCGUAGACGUGAGACAAAACUCUCCUGACAGGUAUUUUAUUUCCAACAGCACUACGACCCCCAAAUAGCUCUGUCGUUUCGAAACCAAAAGGUUGCAAAUCAGAAAAGUUCUGAUUUUGCAGCUAAAAUAUGGAAGGAAAGCUGAAAAUUUGUCCAGAGAACGUAGGAUAGACGGCACAUGGACGUCCACUGGCUGAUGAGUUGAAGGGACUUUGUGCUCCUGUUGUUAGGACAAUAUGGCAGUCAUUUUAUUACUUAAGUACUUCCUGUUUGCUUUCAGACCGCUAAUUUGUUUUUAAUAAUAAUAAAUUUCUUUUUUCCAAAGCAA